AUGCAUCUGCUACAACCUACCUCGUGCACUUGUUACCAAUUAAAGCUGCCCACGGCUCCUACAGCAACAGCUUCGGAACCUUUGGAUUCGUGUUCCAGGCGCAGAUAUACCCUGGAUUGUCGAACAGGUGCCGCUGUGGAGCUAACAAGAUCGGAUAUCUUUGUUCAUGGUGGGUUAACAAUCCCUCUCAACUUGUCCCAGGUGAACGCUGUCCAGAUUCAAAAGGAGCUUAUUCUUUAUUUUGCUAAGGAAAAAGCCAAUGGGAGUAAUUUCAAAAAAUUGAAUGAUUGGGUCAGUCAAGAGACGUUCUAUCUAGAUUUGAUAUCGAGGACAUGGAAGAGAGUGGAAACUACAUUUGAAGAUGAAAAUGAGAAUGGUGAUGAACAAGAUGAUGAAAACUCGGGCUUACGAUUUUUUAAGGAAAGGAUAUUUCAUUCUAUGUGCUUUGUAAAUUCGUGCCUUUACACAUUUGGUGGGUUAGUUGUUUCGCCUCACAGUGGAUACGAACUCAUAGCCACAAAUGAACUAUGUAAACUCGAUCUGCAAACCAAGAGAUGGUCUCUUGUCAGCAAGGACCCACAAAUUACUAGACGUUUCACUCAUUCCAUGCACACAGUGAAUGAAGAAGAUGAAACAAAGGAUACCAAAAUCAUAAUCGCAGGCGGACUGAAUAAUAUUGACAAAUCGGUACAUCAAAUAGACAUUUUCAACAUCACCAAAAAUUGCUGGGAAACUGAUAUAACAAACAAAUCAGCAUCAACAAUAUUCUCCAAUGUGGAAGGUGAAGGUAUGUCUUUGUUGAAAGAGUCCAACUUUUCAAUAUUAGUGCAGAACAAUGAGGCAAAAAUUCCAAGUUUGGCGUUUUAUGCCGCUCAAAAGGAACUCCCAUCAAGAGUAAAUCCCAAAGAUAAAAAUAGUGGCCCUGCAAGAUCGCCAAUUGUAGCUUUACCUCUACUCUCCGAGUCACAGGGGAUGCGGAUGAUCUCAAAUCCAAAUCAAAAUUUUGUGGCAACAGAUACGCCGUUCAAUUUACAAUUCCCUACAGGUGACUAUUUCUGCUACACUAUUGUAAUGGCAGGGUUUUAUCCAAAUUCGCAUGCUUCAAGUUUCUGCUGCUUUGUGUAUGAUAUUCCGACGGGGAAAUGGACAAGAGUGGGCAUUGCUUGCAAGGAAGGUGAUGCAAACAAACAUAGAUUCUGGAAAUUGUUUGUUUGGCAAUCACAUCAUCAAACGUUACUUCUGGGAACAAGAAAGGAUGAUGACUUUUUACCUAGUGUCCAAAAGUUUGACUUCCUGUUGAGUUUUGGACUGCCAAUGAUAAGCAUAUACAAUAAAGGGUUGCAUUCUUCAAUCAAGCGGGGAAUCAGGUUAACGGCUCAAGGAGGGCCAAAGGUGCCAUAUGACUCUCGCUCCUCAUCUAUUUCUUCUGAGAGAAACGUUGGAGAAGCAACGUCACCAAAAGAUGGCGCAUUCCGAAAGCCGAGCUAUGCAUCCACUUCUACCUCGCAGUUCGAGAGCUACAUACGAUACAUCGCUCCGCCCAUUGAUAUGACAUCCAUUAGAUCUGUGUUUCCACCAUAUGCCAUGGUAUUAGGAAAAGAUGCUCUGGAGAUCUUUGGAAACCCUCUGUCUGAUUUCGAAUUCAUAACCGAUGAAGGGGAUUCGAUUGGUGUACCGCUGUAUUUACUGCGAAAGAGAUGGGGCCGAUAUUUUGAUAUGCUGUUAUCUCAAGGCUAUGUUAGAGCUUGUGCUGAAUAUGAAAACAACGGCUCGCCAUCUGAUUUUAUCAAAUUUUCACCACAUUCUUCUCAAGCUCUGUCAUGUUCGAAAAACUCCCACAUCUCGUCGACGGGCUCUCUAGAUGCCUAUUUCAGUUCUAUCAAGUUGCAAGGACAGAAAUCCUUCUCAAGAUCACAAGAAAAAGGCGUAUUAGCUGAUGAAGAGGCAACCUCGGAGGAUCAUCCCCUGUCGCAUUUAAUGACAAACUCUUCAUCGCCACCGUAUUAUGAGAACGAUGAGGAAGACCCUGUUUCACCACCGUCAAUUUCACGAGCAGCGAAGGACCCGCCCAGUCGUGGAACGAAAGCCAUUCGCCGAAUUGGUACGGGAUCUACUACCAGCUCAAGCGGGGGAAUGGUCUUCAGAGUUCCAUUUCAAGAAGCUGCACCUCAAGCAUUGAGUGACACAAAUCUUGUUAGGCCUUCAGGAAACGAGGAAAAAAGGAGAUCUUCCUCAGUUGCAACUGCUGCCUUGGAUUACUUGAAGCCCAGCCAUUUUGCCAAUCGGUGGCGUAGAGCUUCUCAUCCUAAUGCUUCAAUAUCAUCACCCGAAAAUCAUUUAGCUGCUAUUACAGCACGGCUUACCUCACCCAGUCGGGAAAGCUCGAGAAACACUUCAAGAAACACUUCAAGAAACACCUCAAUUACAUCACAAAAUAGCUCCUUGUCGUACGUUAGUUCAUCCUCCGAUAGAAUGGGCAAUUCAAUCAUUCCUACUCAUGUUAACAUUAUCAGUAACCUAACAUCGCCGCAGAUUACUGUUUUAAACGUCCCUUUGCCGCCCCAAAGCAAGAUGCCGAGCGACCCAUUACCCCCUCCUCCUUCUGUUACUCAGGAAAUGCCAAACGCCGCUGGUAGGCGUAACAGCUCUUUCGCAGAUCUCUCAUUUUCCAACAGAAGUAGUCCUUUUUCGUCAAGAAGAGCCUCCUACGACAGAAGAUCGAGCCUGUCUGAAGUUAGGCGUUCGUCUGGUCAGUUCCAAUCUUCUUUAGACAGACAGAUGAUGGAUGAGACCCAGGGCAUGAUCAAUUCACUCGAUACGACUCCGAAUCAACAUCACAGAAGUUUCUUCACUAGAACAAGUGGAAAAACUACUGAUUCUGCGGCAGGUGGCACCUCUAAGGCUUCAAGAGGCAGCGAUGCUAAUCGGCUUUCCUUGUCGUCUAACCCAGAAAGUACAGAUAGUGUAGCUUCCGCUCCACUAGAAUGGGAACCACUUCUGACGCCUAGAACAUUAUAUAUGCCAUGGCCGACCGCUACUGUUAGAGCGUUCGCCGAGUUUUUCUUCACUGGUCAAGUUAAUGGGAAAUGGGUUCUUGCACCGGUUGUGCUCAACCUCUUGCUGAUGUCAAAGAUUUACGAAAUCCCAUUGUUGUACAACCUAAUCACAGAGGUUUUAUAUUCUAUUGUUGGGAGAAAGGAGGAUAGCCUAUACGUCAUAUGCGCUUCUUUGACAGAUGCCUUUCGUCGGAAAGUGUCCAACUACUGCGGGGAAGAUCAGGCUUUAGUACAGAGCUAUUUGGAAGGUAAUGAAUUGUACGCGGAAUUGAACAGCGUAAAGGAAUCAUUGGAGAAUAUUGAUAACGGUUUUUUCGAUCUCGAGCUAAUCAAGAAGGUUUCUCGAGCCUUCUCUUUCAGCACGACUCGAACUAGCGAUAGUGGACCUGACAGAUUCAGCGCAGGAACAUCAUCAAUUUUAUCCGCCUCUUUAGGUGGUGCAAACGCUUUACCUACCGUACUUGCUGGCGGUCCGAGAGAUAGUCAAGAUUCUGAAGCAUCUAUGAAUUACCCAUCUUCUCUCCACAUCCCCAGCAGGCAUCAGUACAGUAGUGCUCGGAUGAAAAAGAAAUCAAGUUUAAGCCAAGAGAUUGGUCCCUCAAUGCUUGGACAAGAUACCCUACCGCUCACGGCCCGUAUAAAUAGUGAUACCGCUCUUAAUCAUCUAGGGAAUAUGAUUGAAGAAGAGGGUGAACCAAUGAGUGAUUCGGAUAGUAGCUCCGAUAGCAAUUUGAGCAGAGCUUAUAAGGACCUAGACAAUGAAAACUACGACACGGACGAGGAAUAUGAGACAACAAUCAUCGAUGCAAGAACGGAUUUGGCCUCUGAUAGUGAAGAGGGAGAAGAAGAGUACAAAAAAAAUAUCAAGAAGCUUGAUUCUUUCUCCCAAGAAGAAAAAUGCGAAGAGUCACCAUCUUCGCAGUCAGAAUCGGACGAUAUGAACUCCGAUCUGGGAUUAUUGUCUCUCAACAAGAUGAAAAGAAAAAUAGCUGAACAAGAUAGCGUGGAAGAAUCAAUAGAUCCUCUGUUCAGAAUAAACUUCACCUCUCAAAAUCCUUCAAUAAAUGAUCAAUCUCCAAGUGAAGCUUUCAACAUGAGAGAAUUUGCGAGAGAUGGUACUCCACCAUACGAAGCAAACUUUCUCACUCUAGAAAAUUUGGCGUCACCAAACGCCUUGCCUCCUGUUGACUAUGUGAUUAAAUCGAUAUCUAGAACGGCUGCUCUAGUAAACUACCCAAGGUUAAUGGUACGGUGUCUUGAUUGCCUUGAGAUAUCCAAACGCCUGAAAAGCAUCAAGAAGAGAGUGAUUGCCGAUUUCGCAAAGUUUGAUGAAGAAUGCAAGCUGGCCACUCCUCACGAACUGUUGAGGAGACAGAUACUUGAAAAGCAGAAAUCGGAUUCGGCGCUUGCUAAGAGCAUGUCAACAAGAUUUUCGAUGGUCAGUCACGGAAGAAACUCCCCGACAGCAGAGAAAAUGCGCUGUAAUUCUGCCAUAACUUCAGAUAACCAGAUAUCGCCCAAAACUUCAAAUGUAAAAAAGGAGGAUAUUAGUACCAAAUCCAAUAGCAUUGGUACCUCUAGAAGGUCGCAAACCAAGAUUUCUAACGAUAAUCCAGCUAUGGCGUCCAAUACACCUGUGCUAAUGAAUCCUGCUUUUAUGCCUCCUCCCCCGGCACCAGGCAACAAAGGUAAAAGGCAAGUCCUAGCUCAAACUCUGGUGGAUUUUCAUUUUUUGGUUUAA